ACAACUCCGAUGCUCGCAAAAGCUCUCCAAAAAUUCAACACCUGAACAUGUCUCGAAGGCGGCCUGUAAACUCUCGCGAUAAUGGGGAUGAUGAUGGUGAAGAUGACCAUCCAAAGAAGCGUUUGCGACCAGACGGUCCACCAAAUUUUGUCCCAGAUCUACGUUUUGCCUGUCCCUAUCUCAAAAAAGAUCCGAAGAACACGCAACUCAAGCCGUCCUGUCUACAAAGUGGCUUUCCCGACAUUCAUAGGCUGAAGGACCACAUUUAUAAGUACCAUAAGCAACCCAUCUACUGUCCGAAAUGCAAGGAGACAUUCGAUAGCCGCUCGGAUUGCGACGCUCACAUCGAAGCUGACCACUGCCAGAAACGUGAGAACGUAGCAUUUCCAGGCAUAAACUCUGACCAAGAAAAAAAAUUACGCGACAGAAUGAGGAUAGGAAAAAGAUCAGCUUACAAGACUGAAAAGGAAAAAUGGAUCGAAAUUUGGAAAAUCAUCUUUCCAAACGACAUAGACAAUAUCCCUUCACCGUAUCAUGUCCAGAGACAGCAAAUAAAUCAGCUGACGAGAUUUUACCGCUUUGCUUUGGUAAAUUUUGAAAGGCAUACAAGGCCACUUCUGCAAGAAGAGCUAGUUAAACAUGGACCAGAAAUUCUACACAUUAUUCGAGAGGUUCUAGGUCAAGUGUACAAUGAGUACGUGUCCGAAAUAUGGCAAAAUCCAGAAACGUCAUCGCCCACGAGCAGCGACCAUCAAAACGGAAAUGAGCUCAGAACUAUGAAUACAACAAACUCAACCGAGACCAUUCGCGAGACUAUAGAGCCAAUUCAGAUUAGCAGACCAUUGGACCUGUCACAAAACAACAUCUACGAACAAAGAGUGGCACCAUCCUCAUCAACAAAAUUAUUCCAUCCUCUCCAUAUGUUUUAUUCUCUUAAAAAACAAGGACUGGAACUAUCAAUACCAACACCAUCUUUCACAAAUGCACAGGUAACAUCCCUAUCACAAAACUGCAUUAAUGGACAAAAAGUGGCACUAUCAUCAUCGACACAGUCUUCUGCAGAUACCAAGAUGCCUUCCCUAAAACAAAAUCAUGUUAAUGAAACAGGACUGGUACCGUCAGUAUCACGACCAUCUCCCACAGCAACCAGGAUGUCAUCCUUAAUACAAAACGAUAUGAAAAAGCAAGAUGUGGUAACGUUAUCAUCAGCGCAAUCUUCUACGGAUACAUCAACGUCACCAUUUGACGACGUUCAAAAAGAAGUUUUGGCGUCUCAAUCCUCUGUGCCGACCGAGUUCACUUUUAAAUCGCAAGUCGAUAAGUCUGACCUACAGAACACGUCCAUUGAGCCUAGCAGGUUCAUUUCUUCGGGAGAAGAUGGAAAUCAGCUGGCCUUCUCGCUUGCGAACCCUUUUCUAGGCUGUGAUUCACAACCACAGCAAAACGGAGAAGACGACAUCUGUCUUCCCGAACCGCUAUUUGACGAAGAAAUUUUCAAAGAGAUCAUUCGAGAAAUUGAGGCAAAUGACGCCGGCUGGUCGCCAGAAAACAUGAGGUUGCUAUGAGCAUGUGUAGAAGUCAGUCCUAAAGGUCUAUUGUUCACGUAAAAUCAAAUUCAGCGGUCUACGAAGCGAGCAG